AAAUGACCAUCAUCCUCGCAUCCGAGAUCGAGAAGAGAAAACUAAGGAAAAAGAACGAGAAAAACGUGAGGAAAGACGCGAAGAACGACGUGAUAAAGGAAAAGAAAAGGAGCGAGAAAGGUCGCGUGAGAUGGAAAGGGGCGAUCGUGAAGAUAGGCGAGAACGUGAAAGUGAACGUGAUCGCCAUCGAAAUGAUAUUAGUAGAAGGAGGCAUAUUGAGGAUCCUACUAUUCGAAGACCACGAGAUGAUCGAGAAAUCAUGGCAACUCAAAGAUUUAUAAGUGGCAAGAAGAGAGAUCGUAUUGAAAAAGAUCGAGAUGAUGAACCAGAAUCACCACUUCCUUCAAUUAAGAGGAGGAGUGUUGAGCGAGGUAUUGAGAGUCUCGCUGCUACAGUACCUCCCCGCCCACCCAUCAAAUUAAAUCGCUCAGUAGAACAUAUAAAUGAUUUGGCAGCCUCAAUGCCAGUCACGCCAAUGAGUGGCAAAAGAAAUGAUAAGCGUGACAUUCCUCGAAGAAGAUAUUAA